GGGGGGCAUAAGCGUUCGGCAUCCGUUUAUACCGAAUCGUUUCUACUGCGAGAAACUGCGCUUGGCGUUUUCUGAAUUGUAUACGAACCGGGGUAUAGCAAAAGCUGGUUAAGAGGGAGGCUCUGAUUCGAUUGCUCUGGCCUGGGGUAAUGGCGCCGCUCCCCCCCGCCAUGGCUCCCUGUCUCCCUGCUCUCUCAGUGAGGGAGAGCGGCCGCCGCCUGCAGGAGCUGACAAGGCACGGCCCGCUCUGUGCGCACCCCGAUAUCCAGCCGCCUGCGCCGGCCUCGGGGGGAAAGACUUGAGACGUGUACAUAGCGAGGCUCCUGCACUGUAUGAGGAGAGGUCGGGUCUAUGGCCUCAGAGCUGGAAGCCACAGAGGAUGGCAGUUCCACAGAUCUGGCAAAGCCCCUCUACCUCCAGUACUUGGAGCGAGCCCUCCGCCUUGACCAGUUUCUCCGUCAGACCUCGGCAGUUUUUAACAGGAGCAUCUCCAGUGAUGAGAGUGAAGAUGGUUUGGAUGAAACACCCCUACUUCCUGAGGCUGAAGAUCCUUCCUUGCAGGUGAAAGAGGAGCCAAUGUCCCCUUUGCUUGGGGAACCUUCUGGAGAUGGGAGCACCGAUCUUCUAUCUGUUCAUGCACUUAAUGGAAUCCUGAAACCAGAGCCAAAGUCAGAAAGAGGAAGCUUUUAUAAUUUUUCCAAACUCAAGAAAAGCAGAAAAUGGUUGAAGAACAUCCUGCUUAGUGAGGACUCUAGUGAUACGGACUCUCUAAGUGAAGAGGAUGAGGAGGAGUUCUCACUGUCUAAAGAAGAGCUGCAUGAUAUGCUGAGAAUACACAAGUACAAGAAACUGCACCAGAGUAAAUACCUGAAGGAUAAAGAGCUGCACCAGUAUCAGUACUAUAGUGCCGGGCUUCUCUCCACCCAUGACCCCUUUUAUGAACAGCAGCGCCACUUCCUGGGUCCCAGAAAGAAAAAAAUCAAAGAGGAGAAAAAAUUUAAAGCCAAGUUAAAAAAAGUGAAAAAGAAGAGGAGGCGGGAGGAGGAUUUAUCUGAGGAUGAGCUGCCACGCCGUCACCACCAUACCAAAGUGUUUGCCAAAUUCUCCCAUGAUGCCCCAACUCCAGUCGGGAAGAAGAAACACUUGACGUUAGAGCAGCUGAAUGCCCGUCGCAGGAAAGUCUGGCAGAUGAUUGUGAAAAAGGAACUGCCAAAGGCCUACAAACAAAAAGUGUCGGCCCGAAAUUUGCUGCUAACAAAUAGUAAAAAGUUGGCCCAUCAGUGCAUGCGGGAGGUACGCCGAGCUGCUAUUCAGGCGCAGAAGAACUGCAAGGAGACUCUGCCUCGAGCACGAAGGCUGACCAAGGAAAUGUCUUUGUACUGGAAAAAGUAUGACAAGGUGGAAAAGGAGCAUCGGAAAAGGGCAGAGAAAGAGGCAUUAGAGCAACGCAAGCUAGAUGAGGAAAUGAGAGAGGCCAAGAGGCAGCAAAGGAAGCUAAAUUUCCUGAUAACCCAGACAGAACUGUAUGCUCACUUUGUAAGUCGCAAGCGGGAGUCUGGUCCAGAUGGCAUACAGGAAGAGAUCCUGCGCAAGCUGGAGGACAGCUCCUCUCAGGAGCAAGUUGGAGCGGGAGGAUCCUACCUACACCUGAGUCAGAUGGACUAUGACAGUGAUUAUUAUAAGUCUCAGGCCUUAAAAAAUGCAGAAGAGGCCUUCAGGAUUCAUCAAGCGCAGACCAGGUCAUUUGAUGAAGAUGCCAAGGAGAGCCGAGCAGCUGCCCAACGGGUAGCCAUUAAGUUGGAAUCAGGUUUUGGGGAGAGCUACAGCCUGGCAAAUCCUUCUAUAAGGGCAGGAGAAGACAUUCCACAGCCCACCAUAUUCAAUGGCAAACUCAAGGGUUACCAGUUGAAAGGCAUGAACUGGCUGGCAAAUCUGUAUGAACAGGGUAUUAAUGGCAUCUUGGCUGAUGAGAUGGGUUUGGGUAAAACCGUGCAGAGCAUUGCCUUGCUGGCACAUCUAGCAGAGAGAGAAAACAUCUGGGGUCCCUUCUUAAUCAUUUCACCUGCCUCCACUCUGAACAACUGGCACCAGGAAUUCUCCAGAUUUGUUCCAAAGUUCAAGGUACUCCCAUAUUGGGGCAGCCCUCAUGAAAGAAAAGUAAUAAGAAAAUUCUGGGGUCAGAAAACAUUAUACACUCAAGAGGCUCCUUUCCAUGUGGUUAUCACAAGCUACCAGUUGGUGGUGCAAGAUGUGAAGUAUUUCCAGCGUGUAAAGUGGCAGUACAUGGUGCUAGAUGAGGCCCAGGCUCUUAAGAGUAGUUCAAGUGUCCGGUGGAAAAUCCUGUUGCAGUUUCAAUGUCGAAACCGUCUCCUGCUGACUGGCACUCCCAUUCAGAACACCAUGGCUGAGUUGUGGGCGCUGCUGCACUUUAUUAUGCCCACACUCUUCGACUCUCAUGACGAAUUCAGCGAAUGGUUUUCCAAAGACAUAGAAAGCCAUGCUGAGAACAAGUCUGCUAUUGAUGAAAAUCAACUGUCUCGGUUACAUAUGAUCCUCAAACCCUUUAUGUUAAGAAGAAUCAAAAAGGACGUGGAAAAUGAGCUGUCAGAUAAAAUAGAGAUCCUGAUGUACUGCAGCCUGACCACUCGCCAGAAACUUCUCUACCAGGCCCUCAAGAAUAAAAUCUCCAUUGAUGACCUCCUCCAGUCCUCGAUGGGUACAGCCCAGCAGGCGCAGAACACCACCAGCAGUCUCAUGAACCUAGUCAUGCAGUUCAGAAAGGUGUGUAACCACUCAGAACUAUUUGAGCGCCAAGAAACUUGGUCCCCCUUCCACUUUUCUUUAAGGCCUUACCAAAUCUCUAAGUUUCUGUUCAGGCAUGGGAAUAUAAAUUGCUUGAACUGGUCACGAAACAGGUGGCUACGUGUCAUGCUUUCGCCUUUUGCACCUGAUCACAUCCAACAAUCUCUCUUCCAUAGAAACGGGUCAGACAAAGAAAGCUGCUUCUCCUUCCUUCGAUUCAUUGAUGUCUGUCCUGCAGAAAUAGGCAACCUCAUGCUUCGGGGGCAUCUCGCCAGAUGGUUAGCUCUUUUCCUGUCUCUGAAAGCCGCCUACAGGCUCCACAAUGCACGUGUCUGGGACGAGGGGAGUCAGUCCGAUAGCCUAAAUUCCUAUCUGACCAACAGGAGUUUAAUCCUCUGGGUGAAUUUUGCACUCUCUUUCCCCAACCUUCACAGCUCUUCCACACUGCAGGAAUUGGUUUUCACUAGCCAUUGUAGACCGAUCUCUGGCCGUGGGGAUUACGUGCUGCAUGGGCGAAAAUCUGGUCAAUCUCAGGUUCUGCACUGUCAGAUUACACAGUUCCCAUCAUUCCUUUAUGUUGCCUCACCUCUGGUCACUGCCUCACCAAUCGAUAUUUACUGCAAUGACCGGAGCGCAGAAUAUGAACGCCGGGAGUUCAGAGAGGGAGGUGGCCCCGUUUCCAGACAGUGCUUGAUGUUUGGAGCCCCAGAACUUUAUGCUGAUUGGCCAAAAAGGCAAUUACAGUUCUUCCCUGCCAGUCCUGGUGGGUUAAUGACUAUCAAGCCAUGUAAUGGCUGGUCCUACAUCAAGAUUCCUGAUAAGGAGAGUUUGAUCACUGACAGCGGGAAACUGUACGCUCUCGACUUGCUACUGACUCGGCUAAAAUCACACGGCCAUCGAGUGCUCAUUUACUCCCAGAUGACCCGGAUGAUCGACUUGCUGGAGGAGUACAUGGUGUACAGGAAACACACGUACAUGCGACUCGAUGGAUCCUCCAAAAUAUCAGAGAGGCGAGAUAUGGUGGCAGAUUUCCAGAGCAGAACGGAUAUUUUUGUGUUCCUGCUCAGCACCAGAGCCGGAGGACUGGGAAUUAAUCUCACAGCUGCGGAUACGGUGAUUUUCUAUGACAGUGACUGGAACCCAACUGUGGAUCAGCAAGCCAUGGAUCGUGCUCAUCGGCUUGGCCAGACCAAGCAAGUCACUGUGUACCGGCUCAUUUGUAAAGGCACCAUAGAGGAGAGAAUACUACAGAGAGCAAAAGAGAAGAGUGAGAUCCAGCGGGUGGUGAUCUCAGGUGGAAACUUUAAGCCAGACACCCUGAAACCAAAAGAAGUUGUGAGCCUGCUGCUGGAUGAUGAGGAACUGGAGAAAAAAUUGCGUCAGAGGCAAGAGGAGAAACGGCAGCAAGAGGAGACUAACAAAGUGAAGGAGCGCAAGCGAAAGAGGGAGAAAUAUGCAGAAAAGAAGAAGAAGGAAGAUGAGGUGGAUGGGAGGAGGAAGAAGGACGGGGGUAAUUUGGUGAUCCCUUUCCUGCCCUCGGCUGAUAAUUCCAAUUUGUCUGCAGAUGGGGAAGACUCUUUCAUUAGUGUGGACUCUGCAAUGCCAAGUCCAUUCAGUGAGAUUUCCAUCAGCAGUGAGCUCCAUACAGGAUCCAUUGCACCAGAUGAAAGCAGCAAUGACAUGUUGGUUAUAGUGGACGAUCCUUCCUCCUCAGCACAGCAAUCCAGGGGCACCAACUCCCCCGCCUCCAUCACUGGCUCUGUAUCAGAAAAUCUCAAUGGGAUUUCCAACCAGGAGACUCCAAACAGCGCACGGGUAAACUCCAGUCGAAACAGAGGACGUGCCAAGGCUGGGGCAAACAGCUCAAAAGGGGGAAAAUCCCGGAGCCGGAAAUCAACUGCUGGUAGUGCAGCGGCAAUUGCCGGAGCCAUGGCGGGAGCAGCUGCAGCUUCUGCUGCAGCCUAUGCUGCUUAUGGCUACAAUGUUUCAAAAGGUCUCCCAGCAAGCAGUCCCCUCCAAACCUCUUUGUUGCGAACUUCAGGGAUAUCUGACUUUGGCCCGAUAAACACAUCAUCUCCCAUCAACUCUCCAUUAAGCAAAGGAACUCCCAAAAUCAACAAUCCCAUUGGCUUAGCCCCAGAAACCCCAACACGGAGACAUGGCAAGACUUCCAGUACCCCGGGAGGGCUAUAGUGCUCUGAUUUUAGGCCAGUGUGGCUGUUAGCAAGGCUUCGAGGGAAAGUUAAUUUUUGUUUCGCAGCCUUUCUUUUACAAAAGGAUGUCCCAUAUAGUCUCUGAAACCAAGAGCACAAAUGUAAGACCUCCUCCCCUUGUGCUGGAUAACUGCUGUAGGCCUGUUGGCUUGGUAGUGGGGAAAUCUCAAGGUAUUUGUAUUCAGUCAGACUCCUUUAUCCUUCUGUUCUCCCUGCACAAGUUAGUGAUAAAAUGUUAAUGUGUCCAACUUCCCCAAGGAAUAUAAUGUUGAUGAAACUAAAUUAUGGAAAAGCUAUCCCUCUUCACACAUUGGAGUGUGUCUUAAUUUCCUUACGUUUCCAGGGUCAGAACUGUAAUACACGCCAGCGACCUUGGCAAUCCGUGACAAUGCAAUAAUCCUUCUUAGGCCACACUGUGCCCCUCUGCUGUCCUAAGUUAUACAGCCCCUUUCUAAUGUUGCUUGCACUAUUGCCUACCCUGAAGGUGGUAUGAAGAGUCAGUGAGUGGAACAGACUACUGAGUGAUGGUUCUGCGCCCCAGCUUUCAUGGGAUCAGCUAUGGAGACAAUAUGCCAAAUGAUGGGACACAAUAAGGUUUUCUUUCCAGUAGAGGAACCAUCCUGUCCAGCUCAUUUCCUUUCUUCGUCCACGAUAUUUCUUCAUGAGGGCAGCAUCAGAAGUGACCCUGCAAGGUGUAACUCUGCUCAAGCUGCACCAGGCUGUUCAAUCACUGGCAAUUACCAGGCUGAAAGACCCUUUCUCUGUGACUGAACAUGAUGUAUGGCUUCCCAUGAGUGACAGGACCAUCAUCCCAUUGACAGGACUUUUUUUUUUUCUUUUACCAAGAUACAUUUAUUAGCAUGGGGCCAGAGACGAUGCUUCCUCCCCUCCUAAGUCAGGCUGCAUGCUCUGUUGUGUGUGUGUGAGAGAGAGGACAUGUUCUGCUCAACAACACUUUGUACCUUCCAGCCUCCUGGAGGCGCUCAUCCCUUUCUCUCCCAGAGAGGCCACACCCCCUGCAUUUCACUCAAUGACAUAGAGUAUCACAAGUGUGUAUGUGUGUGUGUGUAUAUAUAAUUUAGUGGGAAUCUAAACAAUGCAAAGCCUUUUUUUUCCUUUUCCUCUUUACAAUGUGUUGUCUAUUUUUAUAUUGGAAAUUUGUACAUAUGUAUAAAAAGAGACACCUCUUUCUUUUACUAACUGGAGGAAAAAAAAUCCAAAAUAAAUUGAAGAUAAUUUUAUUUAA